AUGCUUCACUCUCCCUCUCCACUGAAAACAGCACUGGCAUACGAGUGCUUCCAGGAUCAGGCCAAUUCAACUCUAGCAUUGCCCUCAGAUCACAAGCUGAAAAUGAGGGGCACAGGAAAGCAAAGGGUCCAGGAGCAGGUGAUGAUGACGGUGAAACGACAGAAGCAAAAGUCCUCCCUUUCCUCGGGGUCAAAUGUGGCAGGGCUCUCCAACCGAGGUUCCAUGUAUGAUGGCCUGGCUGAUGGUUACAACUAUGGAACAGCCCGUGGUAGCUACUAUGCCAAAGCUCACACAGGAAACAACUGGGGCCAUGCGAUGUACAAUGGGACCCUCAAAAGAGAGGCAGCAGAGAGCAAGCGCUACAGCUCCUAUAGCCAAAUGGAUGGCUGGGGAAGCAGGAACUACAACAAGAUCUGCAGUCCAACCAGUCCUGGUAGUGAUUACUGCUUUUUGCAGCAUAUGAAGAGCAGUCGGAGCGAGCCAGAUCUCUGCUACGACCCUCCACGGGGCACUCUGAGGAGAAACCAGAGUGGAAGCCGUGUGGGUAACAAGGCCAGUCUGAAUCGUCACAGCCUGUACAGCAGCACAUGCAACCAGCAUGGAAUUACAACCAUGACAAGGACAAACAAGAGAGUUCCAUUCCGCAGCUCCUCCUGCACCUCUGCUAACAAGCAGGAUGUUCUCUAUGCCCAGCCUGUCGCGAGCAAGCAGGAUAUGGUCUAUGGUCAGGCUCGUUCCAGCUCAAAAAUAUGCAAUGAUGAGAUUGAUUAUGGAGCAAUGACCAUCCAGAAAGCCAUCCAACUCCUGUGUUCAUCAGAUGAGAAGUACCAGGCCAUGGGUGCUUACUACCUGCAGCAUACCUGUUUUCAAGAUGAAUCUGCCAAGCAGGAGGUCUACCGACUGGGUGGCAUAGCCAAGCUUAUUGAACUUCUCCGUAGCCCAGAUGAAAAUGUGCAGCAGGCAUCAGCUGGGGCCCUUCGGAACCUUGUCUUCAGGAAUCCCACCAAUAAGAUAGAAACACGGCGGCAGAACGGAAUUCGAGAGUCUGUGAGCCUCCUGAGGAGAACUGGGAACACAGAAAUACAGAAGCAGCUGACAGGAUUGCUGUGGAACCUGUCCUCCACUGAUGAACUGAAAGAAGAUUUGAUAAAUGAUGCUCUUCCUGUUCUGACUGAUCGUGUUAUUAUUCCUUUUUCUGGCUGGUCUGAUGGUGUUAGUAACAGAUCAAGAGAAAUGGUUGAUCCUGAGGUAUUUUUCAAUGCCACAGGCUGCUUGAGAAACCUGAGUUCAGCAGAUGCUGGACGCCAAACCAUGAGAAACUACCCUGGACUGAUUGAUGCUGUAAUGGCUUAUUCCCAGAACUGUGUGGCAGCCAACCGACCCGAUGACAAGUCAGUGGAAAACUGCAUUUGUAUCCUGCACAAUCUGUCCUACCGUCUGGAUGCCGAGGUGCCCAAUAAAUACACACAGUUGAACCACAUGGCCAGAAGCACCUACACAGACAAAAGCCUGACAGGUUGCUUCAACAACAGAGGCGGGAAACUGGAGUAUGAGGAGUAUGAUCUACCUCUUCCUGAAGAGGAUUUGAAACCCAGAGGGUCCAGCUGGUUGUACCAUUCAGAUGCCAUCCGCACGUACCUGUCUCUAAUGAAUCAAAGCAAGAAAGAUGCCACUCUGGAGGCCUGUGCCGGAGCCCUGCAAAACCUGACUGCAAGCAGAGGAUUGAUGUCCAAUGCAAUGAGCCAGAUGAUUGCUUUAAAGGAGAAAGGUUUGCCCCGUAUAGCUCGACUCCUGCAGUCCAGUAAUGCUGAGGUUGUCCGUUCUGGCACAUCUUUACUGAGCAAUAUGUCUCGGCAUCCUAUAGUCCACAAAACUAUGGCUCACCAGGUGCUUCCAGAUGUGACUCGUCUUCUAGCCCUCCAGGCUCCAGGUUCCAGCAACUAUGGAGACAUUAUGACAUCUGCUUGCUACACCCUGAGGAACCUACUUAUGUCCAACCCACAAAUGGCCAAGCCGUAUUUGACAGGCAGCUUGUUAAAUAAUGUAGUAAGCCUGUGCCGAAAUGGAUCCUACCCAAAAGCAGCUGAAGCGGCUCGUAUGUUAUUGUCUGACCUAUGGUCAAACAGGGAGUUCCAUACUAUACUGAAACAGCAAGGAUAUGAUAAGAAUAUGAUGGGAUCCUUAACAGGAAGCUCUUUCAGGACCCUGUCUUCCAGAUUCUAG